UUUUGACUUAACCUUAAACCCUGCGUAGUUGCUUCUUUCUCCCAUUCCCCGCCUCUCCUCGUGCUCUACUGAAACAAAUCCCCUUCUUCUUCACACCACUUCCAGGCAAUCAAACCUUCGCCAUCUCUCCCUCCUUCCGGAUUCGCAAACUAUAUACUACAGCCGUUGCAUCAUUCAAUUGAUUGUGGUAGUUUUCUGCAGAGACAUGGGGAUAUUUGAACCCUACAGAGCAAUUGGAUACAUAACAAGCAGUGUUCCCUUCUCCGUUCAGCGACUAGGCACUGAAACUUUUGUCACAGUGAGUGUAGGCAAAGCUUUUCAGGUUUACAACUGCGCCAAGCUGAAUUUGGUCCUUGUUAGUCCACAGCUUCCCAAAAAGAUUCGAGCUCUUGCUUCCUAUCGCGAUUUCACCUUUGCUGCCUAUGGAAACCACGUAGCCGUUUUUAAGCGCGCUCAACAGGUAGCAACUUGGAGUAGGCAUAGUGCUAAAGUUAAUUUGUUGUUGCUGUUUGGUGAUCACAUCUUGAGUGUAGACGUUGAUGGUAAUAUGUUCAUUUGGGGUUUCAAAGGACUUGAGCAGAAUCUAGCUCCAAUUGGACACAUCAUGCUAGAUAAUAGAUUUACACCCACCUGCUUAAUGCACCCAGAUACUUACCUAAACAAGGUUGUUCUUGGGAGCCAAGAGGGUACUUUGCAGCUUUGGAACAUCAGCACUAAGAAGAAGCUUUACGAGUUCAAGGGAUGGAAUUCCUCUAUCACAAGUUGUGUCUCAUCACCUGCACUUGAUGUCAUUGCAAUUGGUUGUGCUGACGGGAAAAUUCAUGUACAUAACAUUCGCUGUGAUGAGGAGUUGGUUUCCUUUUCUCAUGCUACAAGGGGCGCGGUAACUGCCUUGUGUUUUAGUACUGAUGGACAGCCUCUUCUAGCAUCUGGAGGUUCAUCUGGUGUCAUUAGCAUAUGGAAUCUUGAGAAAAGAAGGCUCCAAUCAGUCAUAAAAGAGGCUCAUGAUAAUUCAAUUAUUUCAUUGCACUUUUUUGCUAAUGAGCCUGUAUUGAUGAGUGCAUCAGCAGACAACUCGAUUAAAAUGUGGAUUUUUGACACAAGUGACGGAGAUCCUCGCCUGUUGCGCUUUCGAAGCGGACACAGCGCUCCUCCUCAUUGCAUAAGGUUCUAUGCGAAUGGGAGACACAUUCUAUCUGCUGGUCAGGAUCGUGCCUUCCGUCUUUUCUCCGUCAUCCAGGAUCAGCAAAGUAGAGAGCUUUCCCAGCGUCAUGUAUCUAAGCGUGCCAAGAAACUGAAAGUGAAGGAAGAAGAAUUGAAAUUGAAGCCUGUUAUUGCAUUUGAUUGUGCUGAAAUUAGGGAGCGGGAUUGGUGCAAUGUGGUUACAUGUCAUAUGGAUACUGCACAGGCGUAUGUAUGGAGGCUUCAGAAUUUUGUCCUUGGUGAGCAUAUCCUGAGACCUUGCCCAGAAAAUCCAACACCUGUUAAGGCCUGUGCUAUUAGUGCAUGUGGUAAUUUUGCUGUAGUAGGGACAGCAGGUGGUUGGAUAGAGAGGUUCAAUCUUCAAUCGGGGAUCAGCCGUGGCAGUUACCUAGAUGUGUCAGAAGGAAGAAGCUGCGCCCAUGAAGGAGAGGUGGUUGGAGUUGCUUGUGAUUCAACAAAUACCCUGAUGAUAAGUGCAGGAUACCAUGGAGAUGUAAAGGUUUGGGAUUUCAAAGGACGGGAACUAAAAUCGAGAUGGAGAGUUGGCUGUUCUCUGGUUAAAACUGUUUAUCAUCGUCUCAAUGGUCUUUUGGCUACUGUGGCAGAUGAUUUGGUUAUUCGUUUGUUUGAUGUCGAGGCAUUGAGAAUGGUUCGCAAAUUUGAAGGUCAUACUGAUCGUGUCACAGAUUUAUCUUUUAGUGAGGAUGGGAAAUGGCUUUUAUCCUCCAGUAUGGAUGGGAGUCUUAGAAUUUGGGAUGUGAUCUUAGCCAGGCAAAUAGAUGCAAUAUGCGUUGAUGUGCCUAUUACAGCAUUGUCUCUGUCACCAAAUUUAGAUAUAUUAGCAACAACUCAUGUUGAUCAAAAUGGUGUGUAUUUGUGGGUUAAUCAAUCAAUGUUCUCUGGGACCUCAGUUGUUGAUUCAUACGCAAGUGGGAAAGAAGUUGUGAGUGUCAAAUUGCCAUCUGUCUCUUCAAUGGAAGGUUCUCAAGUUCAGGACUCUGAUAGACCUAUUGUGAAGCACCCACAACAUGAUGAAGCUUCCGUCUUGCCAACUUUCAGUCAUCAAAUCCCAGAACUUGUAACUCUCUCAUUGUUGCCUAGAAGCCAAUGGCAGGGUUUGAUCAACUUGGACAUUAUAAAGGUGCGCAACAAACCAGUUGAGCCUCCUAAGAAGCCUGUGAAUGCUCCUUUCUUCUUGCCUUCAUUACCAUCCCUUUCUGGAGAAGUAUUAUUUAAACCUAGUGAGCCGAUGAACGAGGAGAAAGAAACAAAAACUGAUGAAGUGCAGAACAAUGAUAGAAAACUAGACAGGACAACAUACCAAUUUUUACAACUCCUUCAGUCCUCUGCCAAGAUGAAAAAUUUUUCUACGUUUACUGAUUAUAUCAAAGCCUUGUCUCCAUCAACUUUGGACAUGGAGCUCCGACUGCUGCAGAUAAUAGAUGAGGAUGAUCAGCAAGAGCUUGAAAAGAGACCUGAGUUUAUAUCAAUUGAGCUGCUGCUUGAUUAUUUCAUUCAUGAGAUAGCUAGCAGAAACAAUUUUGAGUUUGUGCAAGCUGUUAUUAGAUUGUUUUUGAAGAUACACGGGGAAACCAUACGCUGCCAACCAAAAUUUCACGAAAAGGCUGGAAAGCUGCUAGAAACCCAACGUGAAGUUUGGCAGAGAAUGGACAAUUUAUUUCAGAGCACUAGAUGCAUGGUCACUUUCCUAAGCAAUUCUCAGUUCUAAUUUUCCGGAGGUAUCAAUUGUUUUUGUAAUUUGAGAUGAAAUAGCUCUUUCCACAGCAGUGGUAUUUAUUUUAUAAAUUAUUUUUCUCAGAAAAUUUUGUAUGUAGGCUCUGUUAGUUCACCUUGAAAUAUAGAAUGGUAGAGGCCCUGGAGGGCACCCCAUUUUUUGAUGGGGAGAGUCAACUUGUAAUUGUAGAAUAUUAUCUUUACUGUUUUUGCAGAAAUAGAAUUUGAGCAUUUCAAAGAA